AUGAUUACUAACUCGUCUUGUUCGCCACAGCGCCACAUUGCCUUCCUCAAAACCCACAAAUGUGCCUCCAGUGCUGUGCAGAAUAUCCUGCUGCGGUACGGCGAGAAGCAUAACUUGUUCUUCGCUCUGCCCUCGCACAACUACUUCGGUGGCGGCAGGUUCUACGUGAGAAAGGAAAUGAUCGACGCGCAGUUCGAGAACAUCUUGGGCUACGACAUCUACGCUAUUCACUCCAGGUGGAAUAUCACUGAGAUGAAGCGAAUAAUGCCGAACGAUACAAUAUUCAUUACGAUUGUUAGGGAGCCUUUGAAGCAAUUUGUCUCCCUCUUCGACUACACAAACAUGGAAGCGUUCUAUAAAAUGAACCUGACAACGUACGUCAAGACCGUCCAUGCCAACGACGCACGCAUGUCAGGCUACAUCGGCUACAAUCAGAUGACCUGGGACUUGGGCCUUCCUGCGGGCCAGUUCGAGAACAUGACGGCCGUGCAGGAGCUGGUGGACGAGGCAGAUAAACUCUUUGAUUUGGUGAUGGUGACAGAGCGCAUGCCAGAGUCGCUGAUGACCAACAAAGAAGUCGUCUUUGAUUCGCCCACCGAGAAGCUUUUACGGCAAAGGCUCGCCGCGGACUACAAACUUUAUUCCCACUUCCUCCACAAGUUGGACGACUUGGUCGGCCUGUACGGCGAGGAGCAGAUGGUGCAGGACAUCGCCGAGUACAACUCCAUGUCCCUUAGGAAGCAAGAGUUGUGUGACUUCAAGCAGGUUCCCCAUGAAAUUCGGCAAAAAGUUAUAGGCUACCAAAGCCAGUCAGGACACCCGCUAUGUGAAGACGCGGCGCGGCGGGAACUUCUGUACCUGGACAAGCUCAGGCUGAGUCAGAAGACGGCGGUCAUCAAGCGCCUCAGAGACGCCAACAAAACAAUCCCUAACCAUUUCGCUCUAAAUGUAGGCAUCAACAUUGAGCACCCAAAUCCAUUAUGAUCUUUACUCCAAAUGAGGAUGCUGAACUUUCAAAACGCUGAAAAUACUUCGCUUCAUUGCUGAUACUAGUGAUAGGAGGAAGCCAAAAAGAAAAUGCUCCCGUGACAACAAUUAUCAGAAAUCUUUAAUUCAAAUAUUUGGGUCAAUCAUAACCACACAUAAAAAGGUAUAAUAUUAGCCUAUACCGUUCAAAAUAGAAUAAAUCCAUUUACUUUCAGGAUUUUGUCUAUUUUGGUACCAAUUUACGUACCAAAUAUGUCAUUGGGCAUUUUCAGUCGAUUCAGUACAUCAUUCCGAAUGAGAUAUUUAUUCUCCGUAGACUUCAGAACUUAACUUUCAGUAUGAGGGUAAACUGAAGUAAAACUUCACCUAUUCGUGUCGACUCCAGCGGAAAACAUUUUCGGUCCUGUUUUUAAUUUCUUUUCUACUUGGGAAAUUCGAUAAUAAGAAACAUGUUUAAUAAUGAUACUUAUAUAAUUUUUAGAAAUUUGUUUCCAUACGAUUUUUCCCCUCCUGAAACUAUUAACUGGGAACAAGCGUCUGUUAUUAAAUAUACCUAUA